CUGGGCCACAGGCUUUGGAUGUUGAUUGGCUAGCCAAUGGGAAGUUGAUACAGCCAGCACUAUUUGAUUGUAAGAUGCAGUUUGAUGGACAUCGAUGCCAUCUUCUGUUUAAAUCUGCACAUGAAGACUACAGUGGAAGCUAUACUUGCAAAGUCAGUUCAGCAAAAGAAAAUCUCUCUUGUACAGCUAAUCUUCUGGUGAUUCCAUCUAAGGAGCCACUCUUUACACGGAAACUGGAGGUACUGGAGGCUACUGAGGGCUGGUCUGCACAAUUUGAUUGCAAAGUCAGUGGAUUUCCCCCUCCUGAAGUGACCUGGACUCAUUGUGAACAACCUGUGGUGGAGACUGAUAAUAUUCGCAUUCUCCGAGUAAAUGGACAUCACUCUUUGCUCAUCACUAAUGUUAACAAGGAGAGUGAGGGAUUUUACACAGUAAUUGCUCGAAAUGUUCAUGGACAAGCGGAGAGCUCUGCUGAACUCCAUGUGCAGGAACCUCGACCUGCCAUAUGUACUCACAUGUCCAGGUUAGAAAAGAUGCCAUCAAUCCCUGAGGAGCCUGAGGUGUCUGAGGGAGAGUUGGAACUCAAGACAAUGCCAGACUUCAUAAAACCUCUCAGUGACCUGGAAGUAGUUGAAGGGAAAGAAGCAGUAUUGAAGUGCAGGGUAACAGGCAUGCCAUACCCUAAAAUCAUUUGGUUCCACAAUGGCAAGAUGAUAGAGAGCACAGAUGAAGUAAAGAUGAUACAGUACAGGGAUGUUCACAGUCUGGUCAUUAAUUCUGUGUGUCAUGGCCACAGUGGUGUGUAUAAAUGUAUCAUCUCCAAUAAAGUGGGGAAGGCUGCCUGCUAUGCUCAUCUAUAUGUUGCAGCUUCAUGACAGUUAGCCUUCCCGAGCCUCCUGAUGGUCCUCCACUAAUUGGAUGUGUGACUGGGAAAACUGUCUCAUUGAGCUGGAAAGG